CAAUAAUUAACACACUCCUUCCUGGGGGCCAGUCAGCUGGUAUAUGGCUUUGUGUAGCCCCAAACACACUGAGUGCUGCUUUUCUUAGACUGUGAAUUUAUUAAUCCAAAUAUUCAACUUAAUUUGUCCCACCAAAGGAUACCAAUUUGUUUGACCCAAAUCAAUCAAUCAAAAUGGUGAAUUUAUUUUCUUAAUUAAUUAAUGAAAGGUUCCGUGGUCUAAGUGUUUCUUGGAUUCACAAGUUGGAACUGAUACAAAUUAACCAGUUUAUUAAUCAGGUAAGUAGUAGUAAGGUAACAAACAAUUACAAGAACACUUAACACAACUACACAACUGUUAUAUAUUUAUUUGAUAAGGAAUCAAUCAAUGGCGAAGGGCUUUUAUUAUACAGCAGUGCAGUGCCAGUCCUGGUGGCCUCUCUGGAGGAAGAAACCCCUUUCUUUCCUCAGAAAGAAGGCCCCUUGGGAAGGGUGAUACUCACUAAGGCUGUGUUAACUGCUACUUGCUGUACAAAGCAUACCCGGGGGAAAGGUCUGGGGAGCCGACUCAGUCACAGCCGCACUCCACAGAGAUCAAUGGUGAGGGGAGCCCAUGAGGUCUUGAACAAUUCACUCAGGGUCCAAGGUAUGAUGCUGCUGGUCCAGCUGCUCACUCUCUCUCUCUCUGUACACAGCAACAGCACCUCAAACAAGCAACCAUGUAACAGCACCCACAACCCACAAGGCCUCUUCCAUUCACAAAGCCUCAAUCACUCCUGCCAGACCAAAGUAUUCAAGCACUCACACCCUCAAGCCCAGUCAUGAACAAUCCUACACUCACGUGCACACUCAUGCUCCCAGUCAUGCGCUGAGUGUUGGUCACAGUGACUUUUACAUAGCUGAUGCACAUGGCACCUGCCCUCACUGCACUCGCUACUCAAACAGGUAGGCUACUAGGGCAUUCCAGCCUCUUGCCCAUGCACACUACAACUAAGGUUAUCUAUAGUUCACUCCUUGACCUAGUUUUCCAUGCUUAUGUGCAGCUAUGGUACAGGCUUGUGACUUCAUUGACUCAGGCCCUAUUUCUGGCCCUACACUUUGAAGAGAAGGAGCCAGACAGGCUGAGCCAGACCAAUGCCUCAGUUGAAGUUUCUGCACUUUCUUCCUGGCUCUGGGGAAGGGGCAAAGGCAUCCCAUGUGGGUUCAGAGGGGUUGGGGGGCCACAGUUGUGUAGGCAGGGCUCUUUGAAGCCUGAUGGCUGAGGUGCCAGUGUCUUAGCUUCCAUCUCCCAGCCCUUCCAGCCUAGGACUUGAAAACAGGAGCAGGGGAAGAAAGACAGUCAUUCAAUUAAAGCUGCCUGAGCAAAUUUUACCCAGCAUGCUCCAUACCUGUGGAUUUCAUCCCAGCCCUCCCCACCUCCACUCUGAGCCCUGACCCUCCACCUUUGUUGGGACCACUGUCAGCCUCCCCGCAAAACACCUCCUUUCCCCACUAGUACCAGCCCCCCUGGGGCAGCAUGACCCCUGCCAACCAAUGCCUCAGUCCUUCCUCUGACCCAAUCGUAAAUCAUUACCACAAGACUUUUAAUAUUUUCAUUUUAUGUUUUAAAUUAAAUUAUUUCUUCCAUGUAGCUUCACUGGCUGAGUCCCUGGGUUUCACCACAGCCUUAGUCCCCUCUGCCUCUCUACCUCCAGCUCCAUGCUCCAUCUACUUCUUUGCUAUCCAACUGGUUUCUAUAUCCAAAGUCAUGUAAAAUGGUUACAUCUGGAAAGUCACAGUUUUGAAAUCAGAGGUGGCAUUAAGACUUAACAUGUGAUUGCUCAAUGUUCAUUCUAAUAUUAACAUUACUCACUGAACUGGGAUCAGGACUGGGAUUGGGUUGGUGGCUCAGGCUCCAGUGGUGUUGAUGCCAGCUUUGCCUUACCUCCUGACCCCACUGGCUCUUGACAGCAUAGGAGGAUGGGAGGGAAUUGGCCCCUGGCUGAGCAGUGGUCUUCCUUCCCCUCUUUAGGAAAAGGCUAUUAGAAAAUACGGAACUCAUUUUGGAGCAGGCACUUAAGUUUGGCCAGGUUCUAUAAUUACAAAUUAUAAUUUGUAAUUAUAAUUUGAAAUUAUAAUUACAGGCUUUUGAAAUUACAAAUGCCAGGCUGCAGUGACUGGACAGCAAGGUACAUGAACUGGACAGAUUACAGAAUCACAGAAGCCCGAGGUAGUGCACAAACCAUAUAGAGAAGAGACCUACAUUUCUUGCAAAUUACUUCCCAAAAUGCUGGACAGUGCAUGGUUUUGUGGCCUUUUCCUCCCACCCUGAGCAUAAGCUUCCAGAAGAGACAAGAAACCCCUGUCCUCUCUUGUUAAUUGUAUGUGUGUAAUAGCCAGAACCAGAGGGAUUAAUAAGCAAUAAUAUUACUUUGAGAAAUUAGCAUUACUCUGCCCAAGCUCAACCCCUUGGUUUUUUAUUUCUUGUAUCAUAGUAUCAUAGUAGCUAGGGUCAGGAGGGACCUGAACAGAUCAUCUAGCCUGACCCCCUGCCUCCAACAGGAAUGAAUGCUUGGAUUCCUUGGAAUGUGCUAAUUGUAUUAGGUGGUCAGAUCUUGUUAUGGCUGACCUUUAAAAAACCUGUUAGAUCAGCUAAUCUUGUAGUUUGCUUAUUUUGGGGCCCAGUCAAUCCCGUGAUCAGUACAAACAGUUAGAUUCAACACUUAGGUUAAAUUGUAACAGACAAAUUCCACUUGCGGGUUGCAAACUUGCAAGCGUUGCAUUAGCUAAUCUUAACUGCUAGACAAUUGCCUGGAUGUCUCCAAGAGCAUAUAUUUAUUACUCAUGAUAGUAACCCCUCUGGUUCUGGCCACCACAUGCUUCCCAUUCCCUUUGUCCCCAGUCAAGGCACUGCUAGGGCCAGUUUUCCCCACCCUGUCUCUUGGGGCCCAAACUGUGGGACCUCCAUUCUUCUUGCUCCUGAGAAGACUCCCCAGAGCCAGACAUGACAACCCAAUGGGGAAUGGGUGCCAGCCUCUCUCAACUAGCUUAUAUAACAAUUUGGAGAGCUCUAAAAGCUGUCUGCAGACCCACCUGUGACUCACUGGAGAACCAGCAACAGUAGAAGUGGAGAAAUGUCCCCGGAAAUUGUAAGGGGCAAGGAUUCAUUGGGGUGAUGCUUUUUAUUGGACCAGUUUCAUUGCUGGGAUAAAGUUGGAUAAACUUUCAAAUACAAAGCAAUCUGCAUUAUCCUGGUUACAAUAUCCUGCUUCUGUGCUCUUGCUUAACAGACAUGAAUUGCAUAAACUCACAGAAUAGAAGUGUUAACAAGUCCUCCAUGUGCAGGGCUCCAGGGAAUGACUCCUGGCAAGGCCUUAGAGAUCACAUGUGUUUAUGUCUUGUUUUGUUUUGUUGUUUUUUUGGUUUUUUUUUUCUGGCAGCAAUACUUUUCAACUGCCUGUUAAACCUGGAAAGAACUACUUGUGAUCAUCUGCAGAUGGGAAUGUGUCAGAGUUUAUUUUUUUCUGCUUAGCCUCACUAAGAAGAAGAAAAGAGUUCUUUUAGAUUUUGUGCUUUUGCCAUCAAAGGAAUUACGUAGGGAGGUCAGUAAAUAGUUAGCUUUCUCUGAUGAUCAAUAAUAUCUUCAAGUUGGAGACAAGCACGGUAAUCCUUGAAGGCACCAACAACCUCACCAACACAAGUGAAUCAAAGACAAGGAAUGAACAACCAGAGCAUUAUAACGGACUUUUUACUCCUUAGAUUCUUUGAAACUUGGGAGCUGCAGGUUUUACACUUUGUGGUGUUUCUAGUGAUCUACCUGGCAGCCCUUUUAGGGAAUGUCCUCAUUAUCACUGUGGUAGCCCUUGAGCAGAGUCUUCACACUCCCAUGUACUUCUUCCUACUCAACUUAUCUUUCCUUGACCUCUGCUACAUCUCCACCACGGUCCCCAAGUCCAUGGCUAACUCCAUCACCAACAGCAGACUGAUCUCUUUCUCAGGUUGUGUUGCCCAAGUCUUUCUUGUUAUCACCUUGGCAGCUGCAGAGCUGGCUUUUCUCUUGGUGAUGGCAUAUGACCGCUAUGUUGCAGUCUGCCUUCCUUUACAUUACAGGAUAAUCAUGAACAGAGAUGCCUGUGUCCAGAUGGCUGGUUGCUGUUGGUUCAUCAGUUUGUUGUACUCUGUGCUGCACACUGGGAACACUUUCAGGCUGCAUUUCUGCCAGUCCAAUAUUAUUGGCCAGUUCUUCUGUGAUAUCCCACAAUUACUGAAGAUCUCCUGCUCCAGUACACAACCUCAUGACAUUUUGAUGCUUGUCCUAGCAGCUGUUUUAGGAGGAACCUGCUUUGCUUUAAUAGUGGUGUCCUACAGCAACAUCUUCUUGUCUGUGUUGCAUCUACCCUCCACCCAGGGGAAGCAUAAAGCUUUCUCCACAUGCGUUCCACACCUCACUGUGUUCUGUUUAUUCCUCGGCACUGCUACAUUUACAUACACACAGCCAAGGUCAGCUUCCUCCUUGGCUAAGGACCUCCUGGCUGCAGUUUUUUAUUCUGUACUCCCUCCAGUCCUGAAUCCCAACAUUUACAGCCUGAGAAACAAGGAGAUAAAAGAGGCUGUGAGCAAAUUACUUGUCAGGGCUAUUUCUUUCCCAAAAUAAAUGAACUCUUCACUCUGACAUGUUACUAUGGUGAGGUGGGACUCCUAAGGCCAGAUCCUAUUUUGUGUUUCAUGACUGGUAAUCACCUGUUCCCAUUUUAGAAGGCCUUUUCUGUGACACCCAGCUUCUUAUUCUAACUAUCAGGGGAACAAUCACGUAUGCCAUUUUCAGCGUUUUAGUCAUGUGAUCUAUAUUGCUAAUGAUUUACACUGAGAGCCUCAUUUCCUUUAAAGGUGUUCCUUUUAAUUUACACUUCCUCUUGAAUGAGAGAAGAAAUUGAAUCUGCUUUAACUUCUGGCUGUGCCUAUGCUGAGUACAAGUAGUGCUAGAAAAAAUGAAUUUCAAUAUAGUUUUAGGAGAAAAGGGCAGAUGUUUUGAUGAAUGUUUUCAUGAAAAUACAUUUUUGGUACCUAAGCUAUAAUAAUUUCAGUUUGGAGGAAUGACACUUUUAUUCAAGGAUAUGUCAAAGUCCCAGGUCAUUGCUUGGCUGUUACAAAACUAAAAUUGAUUAGAGUAUUAAAAGCUGCAGUCCAAAGUGAAAUUCACCCCAUACACAGGUCCCGCAAAAGGCCUACUUGUCACAUUCAUUUUACUAAAAUUCAAGAUGUUUAGUUCAGGUGGGAUUGAAAUGGAUUAUAGGCCUUGAACCUCUCAGUGUUAAAUAUCAUCGGAGGAGAUAGUUGCUCACUUUUUGUAAAUUAGUGGCAAAAUAUUAUUUGAAAGGCAGGUGGCACAACCCACUGCCAACAUAGCAUAGCACAAAUAAUUCCUGAAAAUUGUAAGCCUUGUAAUAUUUAUUGUGUUUCAUAAAAACUCAUCUGCUGUUUUCCCAAAUUUAUUGUGAUGUUUAAAAGUUAGUUUCCUGUCCUUGUCAUUUUGGAGAUGUGUGAUUCUGUGCACCGCUGAUGGUAACCCAGCAUAUCAAUAAAAAGAAUCAUGAUUUUUGUU